UCCAAUAACACUCAAGGGGAUUUUAAAGUGCGUUUCACGAUCAAUGCGUUUGCAUGGAUAUGUUGAGGCAAGCUUCUAACUUUGCUAACAUUUAAUGUGGAAACGUGUUUAGAAAAGCAUGGAGUUUUUUACAACCAGAACGAAUUAUCUGACAUUAUAAAAAGCAAUGAAAAUUUCUAUGAACGUUUUUAAAAAUAUAAACGAUUGAAAUAAUAGACAAUACCGUUAGCAUUUGUUUGCUAUUUACAUAUUUAUAAAAUGUGGUUUGAACUGGACUUAAACGUUUAAUACCAGUAUUCCGACGUCUUGCAGAUUAUAAAGUAUAUUGGACCUGAACACUUACACAUUCAUUUAUGUAUCAAUUAAAAUGUAAGAAACAUUUGAAAUUAAAACGGCUAUUUGAUUAACUUGCAGGAUUUAUUGUGUUGUUUUUAUUAAAAAAAAUGUUUGUGUAGUCAUGGGCAACAAGCUGACACUUGGUGAAGCGUCAUUUUCCAUUCGGGACAAGCAGCUUCAUAAUGUGUUAACAUGCAAUCAAAUGCAGCUGGUUAAGAAGUCCUGGAACCUCCUAAACGGUGACCUCGAUACACUUGGUGGCAUUGUUUUUCGUAGGUUUUUCGAGAUCGAACCGCAGCUAAAGAUUGUGUUUCCCAAAAUCGUGCAUAUCAACCACGAUAACAAGCUAGAUGCGAACAUAGACAUGGACAUGUUACUCCGACAUGGGGCUGUUGUCAUGAAGGCUUUAGGUGCUGCAGUAGAAAGUCUUGGGGACUCGAGCUGCCUCAACUCCGUCAUAAUAACCAUCGGCCAGAUACACUGCUACCGGAAUGUAAAGCCCAAAAUGAUAAAAAAGCUGUGGCCUUGUUUAAAUUAUGGUCUUCAUGCAGUGCUCAAAGAGAAUUACACAAAGGAAAUUGCACAAGCCUGGAGGUGUUUGUACUAUUAUAUGUGUGGUUUGAUGAUACACGGAAUGUUAAAUCCGGACACUGAUUAAAUUAUGUAUUGUUGUAUCAUAACAUUCGAAAUUUACCUUAUGUAAAUUUGUUAUGAUUGGAACACUUCUGCAAAGUAUCAUACUGUUGUUGUUUUUUCUAUCAGUUCACUCACCGCUAUC